UGUAAGCACGAACUGACUGAGCUGUCGGAAUUUAAUUUGGAAUAAAUUAAAAGCAAAGUGAAAACCAACCAACAUGGACAUCGGCACAUCUCUGGUCAAAUACAUCCUCUUCAUAUUCAACAUCAUUGUGUCGGUCAUCGGCAUUUCUGUCAUUGUCUAUGGAGUGAUUAUUAUGAAAAGCAUCGAAUUGAUUAAGGUUAAUGGAGAGGUGGGCUUCCCCCCAUCAGGUCUUCUGCCGAUCGUACUGAUCUUCAUGGGGUCGAUUGUGCUAUUCAUCUCGUUCCUGGGCUGUUGCGGCGCAAUUAGCGAAUCGAUCUGCAUGACCAUGAGCUAUGCCGUUUUCAUGCUGAUCCUGCUGACUCUGCAGCUGACGCUGAUUGUACUGCGGUUUACAAACAAGGACAACUUCGAUUUGGCCAUGGGCGAUGUUAUAGAAAAGGCCUGGGAGGUGGACCGGGGCCGUGGAGGUGUUUUCGAUCCCAUUCAGAAAUCGCUGCACUGCUGUGGCCAUUAUUCCGCCGCUGACUACCUUAUGAGCGCACAAACCCUUCCAGAAAGCUGCUGCGAUGGUGCCUGCAUGAACCCGCUCAACAUCUUUGGAGGAUGUCGCGCCAAGUUCGUCGACACGAUGUCCGUUAACACUGACAGGACCAAGUACGUGGUCAUCGGCCUGAUUGGAGUUGAGUUUAUCGGUUUCAUCUUUGCCUGUUGCCUGGCCAAAAAUGUUCGCAACAAUAGGGCGAAAAGCUGGGCUGAGAACGAAGCUGAGAGCGGAAGUGAGAGCGGAACUGAGCUUAGAAAUUUGCCCUGAAAUUAUCAGCUCCGCUUUCCGCCAACAGUGUGACCGCGGCUUAAGGCUAUAUGAAACGCUGACAAUUUUGUACAUCCCACAAGCUAACAAAACACUUUUCCAAAUCCUUUAAACUUGUUAAACAGAAAGCACAGAAAAAUAACUAAAUGAACGUUAAGAAUAAUAAACUUUUGA